GACACUAACACGGACAACACUCAUCCGUGUACAAAAACACUGGAAUAUUAGCCGGAGACAUGUUAUUUGCAUGCUAAACUAGUUUAGAAGACCGCCUGAAAUUGCCAAGGAGAUGAAUUCCUCUGAGUAUGUUGAAAACUCGGAUGGGGAGACAUCAGAGAAAGAGAGAGUAUCUUUGUGUCGUGUGAAGACCGAAAGAGAGACAGAGGAUCAUGGCAGCUGUGACGGGACUGGGAGCCCCAGAGGAAGGGUGCUGGGCGGUGCUACUGACGGCUCUGGCAAGCGGGCCGCUGCGCAGAUUGGCUCAGAUGGGCUGAAUGCAGAACCGGACCAGUUCAGCGCCACAAAACGAGUGAAGGUGUCUACAGAGGGGAUGAGAACAGGGGAGUACCUACAGGACAGAGGCCUUGAUCACCCUGCCAGGGCUCGCCCUGCUGGCCUGAUGUCACCAGUCGAGAACAAGGACGCCUCUCAGGAGAAGACAAUAGCGUCUUACAGGAAGCCCCUGUACAGCAUCUCUCACAGAAUCAUCGAGAAGAAGGCCGCGUCGGGGCUGGAUCAGCACACCCUGCAUGAGGCUGGAGGCCGGACGAGCUACAACAGUCACCUGUUCCCGCGGCUCAGCAGUGGGGAGCAGAACAGGUGUGAGCCGAGCCCCGCCAUGGCCUUCAGCACCGCCGAAAACGACUCCAACCUCUACCCGCUGAUCGAGAAGAUGUUCUUCAUCCUCAACACCCUCAACUCCAGCAUGACCCAGUUGCACAGCAAGGUGGACCUGCUCUCACUGGAGGUGACCCGCAUCAAGAAGCGGAUCAACCCCUCCGAGCAGGUGGCCGAGUUCCAGCCGCCGCCCGAGUACCAGCUUACGAGCGAGGAGCUGAGGCAGCUGACGGAGCAGACCUCCUCGGCCGGGGAGCUGGGCUGCCGGCUGCUGGUGCAGCUCUUCCCAGAGCUCUUCACCACUGAGUACAGCCGCAGCUGCAACGCCUGCGGCAUGGCCAACAAGAGGACGCUCGACUCGCUGCACCUGCAGCUGAUCCGCAACUAUGUGGAGGUCUGCUUCCCGCUGGUCAAGAACGGCAACGCUUGGCAGGUCGAGUGCCUGCCACAAAUCAACGACUUCUUUAACCACUUUUGGGCACAGAAGGAUAUGGAGAGCGGGCAGGCAUGCGGGAAGAGGACUCCGGGGAGCCUGGGGUUCGAGGUGGACCAGAAUCAGGCCUGUCACUAUAUCGAUGAGGAAGGGCAGGACGAGAGCCUUUCACUCGAGUCCAGUGAGAACAACAACAAUGGCAACGUGGUGUCAGACCUGGUUUUUGACGCUCAGGAGGUGGGGGAGGAUCUUGAUGACCUCUCCUCCCCUGGAGAGUUUGCCGUUUUCCUCAUGCACCGGCUUUUCCCCGAGGUCUUUGAGGAAGGGAAGAUGCCAGAGGGAUAUAACUGCUACUCGAAUGCGGGCAAGCUGAUCCUGGAUUCAGACAGGCUGGAGAUUAUCCGCAAGUACAUGGAGGCUAACUUUCCUGACGUUCAGGAGGACAGCUGGCUGAAGCUGUGUGUUCAACGAAUGGAGGAGGUGCUGGAAAGCGCCCACAGCAACGGAAGCGAGCCUGAGAUUGUCCGCGACGACAGCUACGACUCCAACAGCCUGCCCGAUGACGUGUCCAUCGUGAAGGUUGGUGACAUUUGCGACUAUGAGAGGCCAGGCCGCAAGUCAAAAAAGACAUCACUGGUGCCGAUCGACUUCGACAAGAUCGAUAUCCCGCCUCCGGAUUUUGAUGUGCCCCAGGAGUAUCUGCUCUCAAAGGAGCAGCUCAGGAACAUUUACGAGAGCAGUCUGUCGAUCGGAAACUUCGCCUCCCGCCUGCUGGUGCUAAUGUUUCCAGAGCUCUUCACCUACGAGAACACGCGAAAGCACUACAACUGCAGCGGCUCCCUGGGCAAGAAGCAGCUGGACCCCAUCCGGAUCAACCUGAUCCGGCACUACGUACAGCUGCUCUACCCGCGGGCUAAGAACGACCGGGUCUGGACCCUGGAGUUUGUGGGAAAGCUGGAUGAGCGGUGCCGGCGGAGGGACACAGAGCAACGGCGUUCCUACCAGCAGCAGCGCAAAGUGUAUGCUCCAGACCCCGAGCCCGAGGCCCAGGACUUCAGCACCGCCUGCCAGCUGGGUCAGCUUGGUACCGAGCGCUUUAAGGACGACUUUGAGAUCCCGCCACUGCCGCCGGAGAAGAGCAGCAAAGACUUCUGCAAGAUCCCGCUGGAGGAGCUGGUCGUGGCCACCCCGGACUUUCCCGUGCCUUCCGUCUACCUGCUGUCUGACUCCGAGGUCCGGGAGAUCGUCCAGCAAAGCCUGUCCGUGGGGAACUUUGCGGCCCGGCUGCUGGUCCGCCUCUUCCCCGAACUCUUCACCCAGGAGAACCUGCGGCUCCAGUACAACCACUCCGGUGCCUGCAACAAGAAGCAGCUGGACCCGGUGCGCUUGCGGCUGAUCCGGCACUAUGUUGAGGCAGUGUACCCCGUGGACAAGAUGGAGGAGGUGUGGCACUACGAGUGCGUGCCCAGCAUUGAUGAGCGCUGCCGCCGGCCAAACCGCAAGAAGUGCGACAUCCUGAAGAAGGCCAAGAGGUCCAGCACCGUGUCGUAUCUAUGAGACUGCUUGUCCGGCAGUGUCUGUCACAAACAUGUAUUAUUUGCACAAGUUAUUAUUAUUUUUUUAAAAAUCUGCAUAAGCUGAAGAGAAUGGACUAAACCUUUACAAAAAUGUCCUAUUGAAUGAGGUGAGGUUACUUUUAUGCUAAUUAUUACAUGAAUCAGUAGGAUUUAUUUACUUGCUCUGUAGGACAUAUUUGUAAAAUUAGUUAUAACACCAGACAUUAUAGUUUGUU